GCCACCUUGAAAAGAAAGAUCCACGGGAGGAGAGCUAGGUACUUUACAACUUGUAGGAUUUUUUUUAUCGGCAGUUAUUUCCUUAUUAGCUGAUGGAAAACCUGCACUUCUUACCUGUGCUUGAUGCGCGGUGGAAAACCAGACCAAACCCCCAAACCGGGUGGUAGAAAAGAUUCCCUCAUCUCAAGUGGAUUAAUUGAAUGUGGCAGGCACUAUUGAUGCGUACAAGCACUAUGGUGUACAGUUAAAGACUUGUGAGCAUAUUGACAGUAGCAAACAGUGGUAAUAUGCAAUCAGUCAAGCAAGAGGUGGACUCCAGUGAGUCCUACAGUGGAGAGGAUGCCCUGGUCCUGGCUGUGGCCUUACAAGGAGCUAACAGAGACCUGAUUGGCCACAAAAUCUCUGCAAUUCCACUCAAGGCUAAAACUAGCUGUCGCAGGAAAAGGGAGUUUAUCCCAGAGGAGAAGAAAGACACCCUUUACUGGGAGAGGCGUCGUAAAAACAAUGAGGCGGCCAAGCGCUCAAGGGAGAAGCGGCGCAUAAACGACAUGGUGCUUGAGAACAAGCUGAUGGCCCUUGGAGAGGAAAAUGCUUCCCUCAAGGCUGAGCUCCUGUCCCUGAAGCUGAAGUUUGGCCUGGUGAGCUCAGCAGCAUAUGCCCAAGAGGCCCAGAAGUUAUCCAGGUCCACCCCUGUCAACCUUUACCAGGAGUUUGUUCCACUCAGUCCGGAGCAAGGUUCUUCCAGGAAGGAUUUGGAGCCUCUUCAUUUGCGCAGCAGCUGCAUAUCAGUCAUCAAGCAUUCACCUCACUUGCCCGAGACGUGCACAGCAACUCAGGGUAGCUUCAGUAUCUGCAGGACGACAGAGGUCAAGCAAGAACCAGCAGAGAAUGGCAGCGACGUACAGGAGAGGAGUAGUCCCUAUGAGCUGUAUAGAAACUACUUAGCCAACCCUCUGUCUGGUGUCUACUCCCAGCCGGCUUCAUUCCUGCAGCUCACCAGGUCAUCCAGUAACUCCCCCAGGAGCUCAGACGAUGGUGCUGUAAGCAAAUCAUCAGAUGGUGAGGAUGAGCAGCAGGUCCCCAAAGGGUUGAUACCAUCUGUAGCUGACCCGAGAAGUGUUAUUGUCUCCACACACAAAGUGCCAGAUGCCAGUUCUUCAGCUUUGCCCCAUAAACUGCGGAUCAAAGCCAGAACCACCCAAAUCAAAGUGGAGGCCAUUGACCCUGAAUACGAGUUCUCUGGAAAGUCCUCAUCUCCCGUCAUCAUUACAGAGGGAGGAUGCUACAGGACCACUCAGGACUGUUCAGAAUACACGCAGUCCACCCUGUGCCCUUUGUCAGUGCAGGUUAACAACAUGCAAGGCUGGGGCCACCGGUCUGAGCAGUGGCAUAAAAGCAGCUCAGAGACACUGUGGGGUGGUUGCAAGAGUAGCAGGCAAACCCCAAGCCCCAUCUCAAACAAAAGCGUUGUGGAUGUAAAAGAACCUUCCUAUGCACAUUCAGAUACCGAGGACUUGUAUAUAAAACAGGACCUUGCCACUCUGUCUGCCAAAGUGGCCUCUUUGAAAAGACUGAUCACAACACAGCAAGGGUCUGUGAUAGAGUCAACCAAAAGCACCGCAGAUCAUCAGGAGUCAUUAUCAAAAUAAUGGUCCUGUCAAUAACCUUUUGUGUGUUUUGCAUUUCCACUUCAUUUGCUGUUGCACUGUGUGGUUGUUAUUAGGUUGAAAUAAUGUUUUGAUUACUGUAAAUUUUCAAAUAGAAGGUGUCUAAAACAAUAGCUGUUUCAAGCACAAACUAAGGCUGCGUACUAACAGGCUGAGGAGGGGAGGGCUGACCUGUGUUUUAAUCUCUGGCUUUGUAAAAUCAGCAUAAUGCACAGCUUUCUCUUCUCUAACUUAAAUACUGUUUUCAUUCACUUAUUAAUUCUGGAUACUUCUGUUAAGUUACGCUCAAUGAAAGUUAAGACUUGCAAUAUUAAAAGCCUACAGCUUUUAAUGUGAAAAAUCUGUGCAGGAAGCUUUGAGUUUCAUUGAGCUUGAUCAGGCAUUAAAAAAAUAAAAAAGUCAAAGUGACAGGAAUUAAUGCUGAUUGAAAACAGUGUGUCUGUUAAAAUGGACAGUCCAUAGAAUGGCUGACUGAUCAAGCUGGUGUUAGCAUUAACGGUUCAUUAAAACAGAAGCAGAUUGAGAAAACAGGGAAUAAUCCUGUUUGAACCUGGUUCAAUAAAGGGUUUCCCUGCACUAUUUGAGAAUUUACCGUAAUUUGUUAAUAAGUGAUGUACACCAAACAUCACUGUGUAGGACACUGUUAUGUGUGAAACUUUUUAUUUUACUUAUACCAUAUUAUUCAUGAUGUCACUGGACUGUAACCAUCACUAUACACCUACUGUCACUGGACACUGUUGUACUUUGAUUCUGUGGAGCUUAAAAAGGCACAGUUAGCAACGGCUAGCUGCUGCUGUUUUCAUUACUUUUGGGUGGCGGGGGGGGGGGGGGGGCUUUGGUCAUUUUUUGCCUUAAAGUUGAAAUCAUGUCAUUAAUUAAUGUAAUAUGGUUAUUGCAUCCAUUUGUAUGUUGGUGUGGGGGACAGAUUUUACAUGGUUGGAGACGCAGUCCAUACUUCUGCUUUAAAGGAAUGUUUGGAAGUGCUUUAUUUUACAGGUUUGUUAUUUCUGAAAAAUUUCAUCUGGGAAAGAUUUAUGUAAUUUGGUACAUAUUAAGGCGUAAAAAUAGAUGUUUAAUUGGCACAAUGUGACCCUGAGAGUCUUGCAGCAUAUCAUCUGAACAUGUAAAAAUAUGAAACUGAGCUUUGCUUUCAGAGACAUUCCUGUUCUUCCUGUAAUUAGUGUCUGAUUACAGGAAACUUUGGAGGAAUGUGUUACAAACCUGUGAAAUCCAGCAUUUACUGAUCUCUGUUGUCCUUGCUGACAAUGUUUAAUGCAGCUUACCUUCACCACUUAAGCAAACAGUACUUUGUUCUUGUACACGUUGCAGUCAGUGACGUUUUCACUGCAUUCCAACAGUGAGCAGAAACAACUACACAGACACCACACGGCACACUCCAUUGUCUCUGCUGUAGUUUUUUAAAAAAAAAGCAGCAAGGUACAGAUUUUGGCUUUAAAAGAACUUUUAAAUAGACUCUGCUACAUUCACUGGGUCACUGUUUUCCAAACAGCCAUCACUUCUCUUUUGUUUUACUGUUUUUUUUUUGUAGUCUUGUCACUUAAACUUUUCAGGUCGCUGGUUUAGCUGAGAAUGUGUGUGUGACACUAUAGCUGCAGAAUUGUGACUACCAUUGGAUGAAAAUCACAAGAGUGUAACUGGAUUUUACGAAACAUUCUGUCACAUUCUGUCCUCAAUUUUGAAAAAUUGAGGACUUGAAUAUUUGUUAUUGGAAAGUUUUCAGAGAAUCAUUAGCAUUAUACCCCUACAGUUCUCAUAAUUGUUGGUUAUUUCAUGUAAUGGAAUCCAGAACUGUCAGGGUUUCACCUAAACGGCUUAUGUUUCAGUUUAUUAAAGCCAUUUUCGUGAUUACGUCGUACAUCAUCUCAUCUCAGUCUCACUGAUGAUGACUCCACUUUGCCCAGCAGCCUUAAGUCCAGCUAUCCAGAUUGGAACACUUUUCCCAAAAUUUAUUGUAACGUUUUGGUUUUUUGUUUGUUUGUUUGUUUACAAUAAAUGUCUUGUUGCUGAA